UGCUAAUAUUCUAGCUUAAUCGUGUGGUCCGCAGCGCGUAAAUAUAUUAAGUGAUAUAGCCAGUCGGCAAGUUAGCAUGCGUGACACUUAAAUUGAGUUAUUUGCAAGUCAACUUUCCAUUUAUUACUAUUGUUUAGUUAUAUCGUAAAAAUUAGCGUUUCUACUUGGAUGACAGACUUGGUGCAUCAUUCAGUAUGUCCUCCGGUGACCUUCUUGCAAAGAGGGAGAAAAUCGAACGCCAGAUUUUGGCUCUCGAACGCACCCUUGGUUCCGAAACCAACUCGAUUGAGCUGUCUUCUGACAGCUGUGCUUCUGAGGAUGGAUCUGAUGACAAUGAGUCUCAACCAGAACAUUUGGGUCCUUCAGAGAACUUGGAGGCAGAGCGGCAACGGAUUCAAAAAGAGAUUGAAGAGUUGGAGCGCACUCUUGGCCCAGAUGAGGAUGACCAAGGAGGUGCAACAGAAUCUAGCGAUGAGGACAGUGUUGGGGAGCUGGACCUGCCACAGAACACUGAGACCUGUCUUCAAAUGAACCUGGUUUAUCAGGAAGUGUUGAAAGAGAAAUUGGAGGAGCUGGAGCGACUGUUAAAUGACAAUCGACAGCAACAAAAUGAGAUUAUGACUCGGCUCUCCAGCACAGGAACUCCCCAAGCUACCACAUCUGGACAACCCACACUGAAGCUUUUCUUGGGAAACUUUUUGAAGCCCUAUUUUAAAGAUAAAGUCACAUGUCUGGGCCCACCUGCUAAUCCAGAAGCCAAGGACAUCAUGAGUAAAAGGAUCAGACGCCUUGAUGAUGUUAAAAUGAAAAGAUGGGAGGGAUGGCAGAAGACUCUGCUGGUAAAUGCUGUAGUCAAAGACAGCAUGAAACGCAUGAUACAGCCCAAGAUGUCAAAAGUGGAAUACCUUACACAGAAAAUGACCAAAGCUGAAAACAUGGAAAGGCAAAUUCUGCGCAAACAAAUCACUGAAAUAGAGAAAGAAAUUGAGAACAUCAGUGCCCUGAAGGAGAAUGAGCUGUGGGGUGAUCGCCGUGACGACCACGACUGGCAAAAGAUUUCCAACAUUGAUUUUGAAGGUAUUCGUGAAGCUGAUGACAUAAAAAGCUUCUGGCAAAACUACCUGCAUCCCUCCAUUAACAAAGCCAGUUGGAAAGAAAAUGAAAUUCAGAUGUUGAAGAAAGUUGCUCAGAAACAUGGGCACCGAAACUGGGAUCAGAUCGCUCAUGAACUUGGGACCAACAGGACAGCCUUCAUGUGUCUCCAGACAUACCAGCGCUACAUCUGCUCUGAUUUCAGGAGGAGUGCUUGGAACAGCGAGGAGGACGAGAUCCUUAGAGAGCUGGUGGAGAAGAUGCGUAUUGGGAACUACAUCCCGUACACUCAGAUUUCCUAUUUCAUGGAGGGCCGAGAUUCAUGCCAGCUGAUGUAUCGAUGGACUCAAGUUCUAGACCCCACCCUCAAGAAAGGUUACUGGUCUAAACAAGAAGAUGAGAUGCUACUUAAAGCAGUGGCUAAAUACGGGGUGGGGAACUGGUGGAAGAUCCGUCAGGAAGUGCCCAGUAGAAAUGACGGUCAAUGUAGGGACAGGUAUUUGGAUGUCCUGAUUGGGAACGUGAAGAAGGGGCCUUUUGACGAGGAGGAAAAGGCACUGCUCAGAAGACUGGUGGAAAAAUAUGGAUAUAAAUGGUCUAAGAUAGCUGCUGAGAUUCCCAACAGAAUUGACAGCCAGGUCCUUAAUCAGUGGAGGAAGAUGACCGGGUACAAGCGCUGUCGAUCCCGGCGGGUCAGGAGGAGUAGACCUAUGCCAAAAAAGGCUGCGAGUCGGCAGAAGAGCUCAGACGAACUGGAUUCGAGCUCUGAUGAGGAGGACGUCAACAUGGAGUUCAUGGACAGUGACAAUGAGGAGAAUCGGAUACUCCCUGAACUCCACGGGUCUGAUAAGGAGAGCGACAUUAUUGAAGACUACCACCAACCUGACAUGGAGCAGUGGAUUCCCAUGCCAGACAAGAUGUUUGAAGGGCCCGGGAAGUUGAGGACCAUGAUGGUUCAACGACCUAGCAGGGACCAGUCCCCAGCUGAGCAGGAGCAGGCAGCGACGGACAGCCUGUCGGCACGCCAGUUCUUGGGAGUUCGCUCCACCAUCUUGGACCGCUUUGGCAAGGUUGUUGCCACUAUCAUUGGAGAAAACCCACGUAUACUGGCAAAGAAGGAUUACAACAGUGACCUGGCCAUGCUCAAGGUGUGCUACGGAGAAGUGAGAAAUCUCAUCCAGUGGAAGAAAACCAAUGCGGCAAAGCAGAAAACUGGGCCUGUGAGUGAUGACCAGGCCAAGCCCCACAGUCCCUCGAGGCAGAAUAACAGUUCUGCUAACAGUGAACACUACACCACUUUCAACUAUGCCCUUCAGUUAGCUGUGGUUCCCUGGGUGGGCAACGUGCUGAUUCCCCCACCACUGCCUUCGAAAAAGAUUAGAGAAGCUGACACGGUGCGAGAGAGAGCAGAGAGAGUUGGACUUACCAAUACUCCUGUGUUCUUGUUAUUUCUGCAGGUUCUCCGUGUAGAUGCAGAAGGCUGUAAGCAGAUCAUUAAAAUGCGUAAUGAGCAAGCAAUGGAAUGCAAAAAUGGGGAACCAAAACUGGCUUUGAAUAAACAAAAGCAACAAUAUAACCUCAAAACGGUUGCCGGUAUACUGCGCCAGAAGGAAAAGGAGCAGGAGAUCAGGCGGCAGCACGGCUUCCGCCAACCGAACAGUCAACUUGUGAUGAUCCCUCAGACAUUGGUCGUGGCACAGCCUGUAGUACUGUCCACCCCACAUCCUGUGGUUCCCUCCACUCCAACUUCCAAACAAAAACACAUUUCUACACCCAGCCAGCCUGUACCCUCCACGCCCGGCCUGCCUGUACCCUCCACGCCCGGCCUGCCUGUACCCUCCACGCCCGGCCUGCCUGUACCCUCCACGCCCGGCCUGCCUGUACCCUCCACGCCCGGCCAGCCUGUACCCUCCACGCCCGGCCAGCCUGUACCCUCCACGCCCGGCCAGCCUGUACCCUCCACGCCCGGCCAGCCUGUACCCUCCACGCCCGGCCAGCCUGUACCCUCUACCCUAACAAAGAAACGUAAUCGCCUACCUACGGACAACACCCAGGCUCUGAAGGAGGCCAAUGAUCCUGCUACAAAAAAGGCAGUGAAAGAGUCGCCCAAAUGCAAGAGAGCUCGUAUGCAGAGUCCUCCCAAAGUGACCCUGAUGAGCCAGCCUUCUAACAGGGUUCUGUCCACUACACAGAACGCCUGGGUCCUGACCCCCAAUGGACUUGUGUCAAUCAGUGGCAUUAGUGUCCAGAUGGCACCUCAGAAUGUACCAACAGCCGUUUAUGCGCAGCCUAUUAUCAUGAACCAGCAAGGUUCUUUAACACUGAACGCUCCACCGUCUUUAACCGGCACUUCCUUCAUUAACGGCGCUGCUCCGAGAAUGAACGGCCCACUGAACAGUUUGAGAAUGACUAACCCAGGCAUGCGGACUGUGGCAGCCAAUGGUCCCCGGGUCAAUGUUCUCUCUGUGCCCAUGAACACAGCCAUGUCGGAUCCACUCCAACCACAGACUGGCCCUUCACAGGCUGUAGUUCUCAAAGUCCCUCCAGGUUCCCUCUCAGCUUCCGUCCCUCACCGUGCCCUCAGAAUCGUGCCGCUUAACGCUGCUACGCAUGCCCCAAAACCCUGCAGAAAACCCGAGGCGAUUCAGUUCGAUCCCCAUCUUAUGUUCAUGGAGGACCCGGCCCAAGUUAGGAAGUGGUCGAGUGGCAGUAAUGGAGUUUCACUUCCGGGUUUGAAAGUCACUCUGCCCUACCUACCCCCCUUUGUCAGUAACCUGACUACCCUAUCGGGUCUCCUGAAAUGUAAGACAGUGUUGGCAGUUAGUGCUAAGCUGGUUCUGUCCCCAGAGGAGAAGGAGAAUCUGGAAGAGGAGGAGCAGAUUGCGGUGGUGCGGAGCAUUGUGGCGAAGCGCUUCAGUCAAAAUCCGGGCUACCUGCUCCUCAAGGCUCGCUUCUUGUCUUGUUUCACCAUGCCUGCUCUUCUGGCUACCAUUGAUACAGUCAAAGAGUCUGCGUCCCUGGACUCCAGUGAUGUGGAGGAGGAACCUCUCAGUAACCAUUCAGAGCAGCAGGAUACUGUGCAUGAUCAGCCAACAGCACUGGCCCCUCUGCUUAUCACUGACGGAAUGGGAGCUCCGGCCGCUGCCUUCUCCGGAAUCAAAACCAGGAAUAAGUGCCACCACCUCAACACGGACACAGAGGAAAAUGUUAUUGUUUUGGAUUGAGGUGUGGCUUACAGGUCGACAGAUUUCUGUGAGACCUUUAAAAUACCUAGCCAGUUUUAUUGUAAUGCCAUUGUCUUUGAAAACAGUGUUGUUGGAACUGUAAACAGCUGUAUUCUAUGGCAUUCCCUAAUAAUACAUUAUACUGGAGCACAGAGGAAUAAAGCAGUUCAAGUAGUUGGUAUGUUUUUGUUUUGUUCAUAAUUGUAUUUAAUUGUUUUUACAUUGUACAGUCUUAUGUUCACCUGUACUCAUUUACGUUAUAAAUCAUUCUACUUGUUCAUAAAAAUACAUUUGUUUUGGGUGUAUCUGCACAGCACGUUAGUCAGGUUUUUUUGCAGGCCACCUAAAGGUAAAUUAAUGUGACAUUUACAUGGUGUAAUUUGUAGUUUCAUUAAAGGAGCAAGCUUGUU